AGUAUUUGCAGUCUCAGAGUUCAGUAGAGGAAGAAAGCGGAGACGUCACAUGGACAGAUGCAACCAGCACUAGCUGCUACACCACUUGUCACACAUUAACGUAACUGGUUACUACAAGCUAACCUGGUUAGCUACAUGGUUCGCUUUUGACCUAUAAUACAUUCGGAACGGCAACUCUGCAAGACUGAAACGCUAGAUUCAUAGACGGUGCAAAACGGAAACGCCAAUACGGUCACACAGUUAUCGUGGCCUCUUCCUGCAUCCAGCUGGCAGGCUAUUUUGGCUAACUGGCGAAGCCUAACAGAUUUUCCGUUGGCUAGCGUCUGGCUAGCCAGCCAGCUAGCUAGCUAAUAACAUCGCUAACGCUAGCUAGCGAGCUGUAAUAACUUGCGUCAUGGAUGAACUUGUCGUGGAAGUAAGGGGAACAAGUGGGGCCUUUUAUAAGGCCUUUGUGAAAGAUGUUCAUGAAGGAUCCGUCACAGUGGCAUUUGAAAACAACUGGCAGCCGGAGCGUCAGAUUCCAUUUCAGGACGUGCGUUUUCCUCCUCCAACAGGGUUCUGCAAAGAGAUCAGUGAGAGCGAUGAGGUUGAGGUAUAUUCCAGGGCUAAUGACAAGGAGCCUUGUGGAUGGUGGCUGGCCAAGGUUCGCAUGGUCAAAGGAGAGUUUUAUGUAAUAGAGUACGCUGCAUGUGAUGCUACAUUAAAUGAGAUAGUGACGCUGGAGCGGUUACGGCCUGUCAACCCGAAUAAACCGGCGAUGAAAAACACUUUCAUAAAGAUCAGACUGGAUGUGCCUGAGGAUCUACGGCAGAUGUGCUCCAAGGAGUCAGCACACAAAGACUUUAAGAAGGCUGUGGGAGCUUUCAACGUAACCUAUGACUCGGAGAAAAAGCAGCUCGUCAUCUUGUCUGUGAAUGAGGUCACAACAAAGCGGGCCAAUAUGAUGAGUGACAUGCACUUCAGGAGUCUCCGCACCAAACUCUCUCUUAUACUGAGGAAUGAAGAGGCCAGCAGGCAACUGGAGAGUUCAAGGCAGCUUGCAUCACGGUUUCAUGAACAGUUUGCAGUUAGGGACGAUUUAAUGGGUCUCGCCAUUGGGACUCACGGGGCCAACAUUCAGCAAGCUCGUAAAGUCCCUGGAGUCACUAAUAUCGACCUGGACGAAGAGACGUGCACCUUUCACAUAUAUGGAGAGGACCAGGAUGCAGUUCAUAAAGCCAGAAGUUUCCUGGAGUUUUCUGAAGAUGUCAUCAAAGUUCCCCGGAACUUAGUAGGGAAAGUGAUUGGCAAGAACGGUAAACUGAUCCAGGAAGUGGUUGAUAAGUCUGGUGUGGUGCGGGUUCGUAUUGAGCCUGAGAAUGACAAAAAGCCCUUAGCAGACACAGCAACAGCAGAUGAGGGAAUGGUGCCAUUUGUAUUUGUGGGGACCAAGGAAAGCAUCUCCAAUGCUACAGUACUGCUGGACUACCACCUCAACUACCUUAAGGAGGUGGAUCAGCUUCGUCUGGAGCGCCUUCAGAUUGAUGAGCAGCUGAGACAGAUAGGAGGGGGAAGUGGAGGAGGAGGGCCUGGACCUCGAAACCCCAAAGACAAAACCUAUGUGUUCGACAAUGGCAUGGGGCUGGGGAUGGGGAGAGGGGGAGGUGGAGGAGGAGGGAAGCCCUACACAGGAGUGGGAGGAAGAGGUGGACGGGGACGAAGAGGGGGAGGGGCUGCUUUUGCCUCAGGCACCAACUCAGAGGCAUCUAACGCUUCAGAGACAGAGUCGGACCACAGAGACGAGCUCAGCGAUUGGUCACUGGCACCCGUCGAGGAGCUGAUGACAGGAGGGGGUACCCUGCCCAGGCGGACAGAUGGGAGGAAGAGACCAGGCGGCGGUGGGCCAAGGGGACGAGGGGGUAGAGGAAGAGGAGGAGGAGGGUAUAAAGGUGAAGACAUGCAGUGGAACGAGCCAAGACCUCGCCAUAUCAGAGAUCCCAAGACAAGAGUGCAGGAAGACACCCUACAGAUCCGUGUGGACGGUAACAACGAGCGUAGCGUGCAGCACUCCUCAGGGGGGCGAGGAGGAGGGCCCUCCUCAUCCCAGGGUGGCAUCAGUGCCAGCGGUGAAGGCCAGUCCCGCCAUCACCAUCAAAGACCCAUCAGAGACCGAGGGAUGAAGAAGGAUAAACAGGAUGCUCCUCCACUGGUGAACGGAGUGUCGUAGAUACGCCACUGGAGGACCUUCUCACUUAGGCACACGUACACACAUUCAGAAGCAUACACACAGGCAACGUCAUAAACCAUUGUAGAUUCUGUCUUUUUCUUUCUCUUUCUUUUUGUCAAACAUAAAUACACAUAUUUCAUCAGCACAGAAGUUUCUGGUAGUGAAGUUAUAGGCCAGAGGUGAUCAGGCAUCUUCUGGUUUGGUUUGGUUUUAGCUGGUAUGGUAUCUUUUGUUCUUUUCUGGAGUGACAUAAAAGCAACUUUUUUUGGACAAAUGGAAAAGAGGAGGAUUUGACUAAAGCUCUUCUCUCAGAGGCAUCCCAGUCAUCCUUUUUUUUUCUUUUUUUUUUAAAUCAGCCAAAGUGGAUGAAAUUUUCUUUCCACCACACUGUUUGGACUUGCUCACAUGAGAAAAAAAAUGAGUCAUACAAAUUAAAGAAGUCACUGGUUCCUAUACAGAAGCAACAUAAUUACAGCCACUUCAGAAGGUGGUUGAAAAUGUGUGUUCCUUCUUUUAACAUUUUAAAUGUGUUUUACUGAAAGUGGGGAAUGGCAGAAAUGAUCAAACAGCACACGGUUUUCUAAUUGUGCUCCAUGGUUUCCCCACAGGUUGAGAUGUUAUUUUUUUUGUGGUCUAAAGCUCCAAAAUCCAACACCUGGGAGUCUCCUGCAACACAGCAUUGCAUUUAUUGUCUAAAUACAAUAUACCAAGUACUGAAAGUAUUUAGCAUCUUUCAGGUGCAUUUCCAGAGAGACUUUUCAACUUGUACAAAAAAAAUAGCUUUUUCCGAAGGGCCAGGUGUACUUUGGUGUCCCCUAGAUAUUCUUCUAAAAGAAACAUUUAGAUAUAUGUGAAUUCAGACUGGCAGAAUUUGAUAGGGGUUGUUUUUCUUCUUUUUUCUGGGGAAAUUGAACACUGGUGACCGUGCUGACACCUAAGCAAAUUACACCUGCCUUUGGUAUUGGCAAAGUGAAGAGCAGUUCAAAGUGUACAUGCUCCAGAAUGAAAUGUGAACAGGUAUGGGCAGUUUUUUUUUCUAGCAGUAAAUAACCAGAGGCGCUCUUGGAAUGAGUCAGCAAAUACUUAUCUCAUCACUGAAGUCAUCUGUGUUUCAUUUCCUGUUGACUACAUAGUAUAAAUUUCCUUCAGUUUCUUUGUCAGACCAAGCUCAAAUUAAGUACAGGAGGUACCGAUGGACAUAACAUAAAUCUGAGGCACACUGAUGCAGAUUAACUGCGUAAAACAAAAGUAUUAACUGAAGCAAAUGCAGAUCAACUCCCAAGAGGUACAAAACAGGGUCCGGGUACGAAAUAUGAACUGUUGUCCUACAACUAGAACACAUGACAAGGCAAACAGUGACACACUGAGGAUUAUAAAUUCAAUGUAUGAUCACCAGAAACACACAUAAAACCCAUAUAUUCACUGCUGUUGUAAAAUAAACAGUGACUCAUGACUAAAGCCUUCAAUUCAGUCAUGAAUAAAAGCUUUGUGUUACAGAGAAUCUACAGUGUCCUCUGAUCAGAAUUUAUGGAAAGCCUGUUUCAAUUACUACUGUAGAAGAAGCAACUGAGUUAUACCUAGACAAAAUAAAAAAGGUUGGUGCAAGUUGUAUUCUUUCAACUUAUUCUGGGCAUCUCCCUUUUUCUUAGACAUUGUGUAUAUUAAUCUUUUCUUUAAUGUUGGUGACCUUUUGUAAAUGAUAGGGUUGAAGCAGGAGUCUGAAAUCUGAUCUAAAUCUUUGAGGUAAAGGUUCCAUAUACUGUUGUAGUCACUUUGUGCUUGUAAUCUUCGUUGGACCACAAGUAUCAGGUCUUGUUUUGUGAACAUUCUUUUCUGCCACUGAUAAUUUAAACUGUGCAUUCCUUUAGUUUCUGUUUUUAUUUUGUGAAUCUGUGCAUGUCAGCAAAGUCACAGUGAAGUUUAGUGAAACAACUCUAAGCCACAGUAUAAUCAGGUUUGAAGAAGCAAAUUUUUAUCCAGUUCAGUAUGGCUUCUUUGUGAAAGGCUCUCUGCGCUAACAGCAAUGUGUUCGCCGCAGUCAUUUAACUGCAGAUUGUCGGUCUCUCUGCCACUCUAAGUCAUAAUAAGGCUAUAUAUUUGUGUGCCUUGGAUUUAUGUGUCUCUGUUUCUUUGAAUAUGGCCCAUUCUAAAAAGCACCUGGCUGCUAAAUAGAUUUAAGCUUUUUAAUGCUGUCUGUUUAAACACAGUGUAACACCCCUUCUUUUUUCUUGUAUGCUUAGGACAUUAAGUGCAUGAGUGUUCUUUACUUGGAUGAUUCAUUCUGUGAUCCUGUAUGCAUUUCUUGAAUUCUUUUGUGGUUCUAAGAGGACUUCAACAAAUUCUGGUCAUGCAUUUUAAUCUGGAAGAAGUCCAGUUUGCUGGUGUUCCUGCAAACCUAUUUGCCUCAUGGUGGACCUCUAUGACUUACUGACAUAGAUGUAAACAAAAAGAGAACUAGACAAUCAUCCAAGAUGGCUGAAAGUGACUGUCUAACCGGAGUGGUUUUUUUCCAGGCAUCAAAAGAACACCAGACAAAACAGUGUGUUGAUUUAAAUAUCUCAUUCUGAGGUGUACCAACCUGCUGUCACCUCAGAGUUACUGGCUUGAUAAAUAUUCUGCAUGAAAGUUAAUUAGUGGCAUCAUCGUCAUAAAUAUGUACAUUUUAGGUGGCGUGAAGGCCUGUAAAGAUCAUUUACCCUCUCAGUUGACCCAAAAUGUGUCCUAAAAUUAAACUGACCGCAGUAACUUUGAUGGGCUAGUGUAGAAAGUAUUGUGAUUAGGAUUGAAAGGGAGAGAGACAUAGUUUGUUGGGAUGUUUUUAGAAAACUUUAAGUUGUUGAAAUAUGAGAAAGUCACUGUAAAACAAAAAUGGUUUCUCUGUGCAUUCAUAGGCUUAACAGUUCAGAAAAAUACUGUAUUACAUCAAAUUACUGUAAACACAUUCAGUAUCCAGCUAUAUGCUGAGACAGGAAGACAAGCACUGAUCUUCAGUUUUAGUGUUGCUACUGUAUGUGCUAAUGUGGUGGAAACAAGUAAUUCGCAGUUUGAAUCUACUCAUUUAAAUGUUUUACUCUAGCCUUGUAAAGUUGGGCCUUGAAUUUAGCUUCCCUCAUUGUGGUACCUUUUUAAAGGUGUGUUUUGAUAUUUCUGAACAUUUGCUUAUUCACGUUCUUGCUCAAAGUUAGACAAGCAGAUUGAUACCACUCACGUGUGCACUAAAUAUGAAGCUAGAGCCAGCUUAGCUUAUCUGACAAGUGGAAAUGACAGAAUAGCUAGCAUGAAUUGGUCCAAAAAUACCAAAAUCCACCAACAAGAAUUGUUAAAGCUCACUAAUAAUGUUUUAUUUUGUUUAAUUUUUGGCCCAGUGGUGCAAUUUUUAGGUUAGCAGCUUACCCCUUGCUUGCUGCUAUGCUAAACUCACCUCCUGCUGACAGAAAUGAGAGUGGUAUCAGUUUUCUUACCUAACUCUCUCUGUAAGAAAAAAAAAGUGAAUUUCCCAAAAUGUUGAAGUUUUCAUUUAAAAUACUGCUUUGAUUCAGAGUGUCAACCAUUAGCAUAGCAUAAAAUACUUUUUCAGUAGGUUGGGUCAACUUUAGUUGGUGGGACACAAAACACAUACAGGGUUU